GUUUGUGGAUCUUCCUGGGGAGAAAGCUGAGAACUGCAUCGUAAGUGCCAGAGAGAUUGUGCCCGAGUCCACCCCCUCUGUUCAGAGAAGGUUUCUCCAGCCUGGUAAAGAUGGCUUCUUUAACUCCUCUUUCACACCAUCUGUCUUCUCUAGCCAACACCUGUACAUUGCUGUCCUCGAAAGAGUGACCCGUUUCAGAUAUGUGGAUGACACCUGGGUUAAGAUCAAAACACAUGAAGAAGAGGCCUUCACUGACCAUAUCAACACAGUGGACAGCAACAUCAAGUUCACCCGUGAAGAUGUUAAGGACAAUAUGUUGGCCUUUUUGGACUGUGCUGUACACUUGGAGGCAGAUGGGUGCCUUAACGUUGAAGUGUACAGGAAACCAACACACACGGAUUAAUAUCUACUUUUUGAUUCCCACCAUCCUCUGCAGCACAAACUGGGUGUCAUCAGAACACUCAACCACCGGGCUGAGAACAUUCCCAUGAAGAAAGAAGGUAAGGAAAAGGAACAGAAGCACAUCAUAAAUGCCCUGACAACCUGUGGAUACCCUAAGUGGGCCUUUGUGAAGAACAAAAAGAGAAAUAACACUGAACACGAAAGGGAGGAGAGACGCAAGAACACUGUAAUCCCUUACGUUGCAUGUAAAAGUAAACAACACACAAUGACUAACAAAACUGAUACUUUAUCCCUUUCCUUAGCACAUUUUGUGUCUCCUUUCCGCAGAGACAGCCCAUUUCAACUAUAUCUUUUGACUGUAAACGUAUUUAUAAAGUUACAUCAUAUGGAACAAAUAGACUAAAAGAGCAGUGUUACAUGUGAUAAAUUACUGGAGAUUUUAUAGUUUGUCACCUAAAGUUACUGCAGCUCUAACAGCCACAAAGAAACAGUAUUAAUUCAUAAACUCAAUGACUUAAAGCUAAAUAUGUAGACAAGGAUCAGAAUAUAGAGGUUGAAACUUUUUUCCUUUCCACCACUUUAUGAGCUUUAAAUUCCUCAAUGUAAUCUCACCACCAGUGUAGAGAUUACAGAGGUUAAACUUUCAUUUGCCAUGAGCUCAGAUGUCUUUGUCUGCUGAUAGAGAUCGUUUCUUGGAAAGCUGAUUCCUAAAACUCAUGUGAGCAUGUUUCUUUUUACCCAGUGAUGUAAAGACACCGAAACAUGUGCUGUUAUGUUUUUAUAACAAAGAAGGAAAAGGGAUGCAAGAAAUCAAACGUAUCUAAAGUCUGUCAUUUUGAGAAUAAGAAGAAAUUAUUAUAUUUAUGUGUACUUAAAGCUCAUGUAAGGAGCAUUUUGACACUUAUGGAACAGACAAAGAUUUAUAUUGAUGCCUUUUUGUGAUAUAAAAAUGCAAACAAGACUGAUGGCAACAAAAACUGUGAUUUUUACACCAUGAUUUUAAAUGGCUGAAACUGGUGUGAGGGGUAGGUAUCAGAUUAGCGACUGAAAAACAGCUUUGUCUUAAAAUUUCUAUUUAUAAUAGAUGACACAUUUGCCUGUCUAAAGCCAGCUGGAUGAAAUUUGAUUUUUAUUAAUGAAUGCUGAGGACAAAAAAAGCUAAGACUGCUUUGUCCACAGGGGGCGCCAAAUGGCCACAAACCUAAAGUUCCUCAUAGGAGCUUUGAGGCAGUUAUCUCAUCACAUAGAACUGUAGGAUAAAUAAAAAGUCCCUCCAACUAAUGCCAGUUGGUAAAAAAAAAAUAAGUUUUCUCAACUUUUUCACAACUUGUAUGUUUUCUCAACAAAUAAUACUACAUUUUUCCAACAAAAUGUCAAGUUGUUAUCAGUUAGUAUGAAAUGUAUACUGCAGCAAAGGUAACCACUUUCUCGACCCCGAUGCCCCAAAGGAAUGUAAGGCUUAUAUUUGGUCACUGGAGACGAGAUGUUGUGAAUCUUUAACACCAAAUCAUGGUCGGUUUUUUACAACCUACUGUCUUCAGGAGAUAACCAAAGAAUGUCCUCCUAAAAGGACAAACAUUUUGCCUUUGCUUUUAAAUCAACACAGUGUAAUGGAAAGAAGAUAUACCUGAACAAGUAAAUGUAAGGCAGCACCUUAGUGUGCCGGGUGAGCGCUGAUGUCUCAUAGCAAAUAGGUUCAGAGUUAAAAUCUAAGCAGGGUGGCCUUUUUUUUUUUUAGAAAGUUCUGGCCUCCUACAACUGCAGUCUAGACGGUGCUUUUGUAUCAACACAACUUGAUAGAAAAAUGAUCAAAUUGGUUCAAAUCCAGGAUAGAGGAACUUUAUAUCUGUCUAGAACGAUUUCUUUCCAAACAGGUAGUUUAAGCUGUGGCUUAACAGCAGACUGACUGUUUUCAGUUCUGAUUAGACACUAGUGUUAAGAUGUCUGUCUGUCAUGAUAGCAUGUACUGAGUCGGGGCCAGUACCAGAUAAGCACACUAAACUAUAAUCCAUAAACGUAAGGUAACAACCGAGACCUAAUGCUGCUGUGACAGCAACGCGAUUGAGUUUGAGACAGUGAAAAUACAUAUGGUAUGUUGUAUCUGAACAGGUUAGCUUACAAGCUAAAGUUACUUAGCACAGAUGAAAGUUAAAACAAAGACGUUUAGCAAACUGUUAAAGCACACAAACCAUCGUCAUAUGAGAAAUCCAACACUAUGACUCUCAACAAGUUGUCCUUCAGGUCGUUAUCUUUGUAAUAUUUGUGUUUUUUUAUCAAAAAAACACUCUGUUCUGCGACACGUAAACAAUCAGCCGGUCGGCCAUGUUGGAAUACCGGUAAAUUCCACUGAUUGGUCAGAGGUGGACACACAGUUUGCAAAACUUUAGAAAAUUCGACCGUGAUACGAAAAAAUAAAUGCCGCAAUAUCGCAGGACGGGAAACCGUCGCUGAUGUGAACACUUGUGUUGACAGGAUACGGGUUCGAAAAGAAACAUUGACAUCCAAAAUAAUUGCAUGAAAAAAACACUCCCGGUGUUUAAGGACCUUUUAUUCUUAAAUUUGAAAAAAAAGAAGAAAAAAUUUUUUUGAACAUAAAAAUCGAUUUAAAAAUUGUAAAACAAAGAAUCGUGAUACUUCCAUGAAUCAAUUUUCUCUUGCACAACAAAACCGCUCAAUUUACACGCCCCCUAUGUUUUCGUAAGUGCCUCAAUUGGGCCACCCUAGUGGAAAUAAAAUAUAUACGCCACUGCUUUGACCUCAUUGAAAGGGUUCCUCCUCCUCCUCCUCCUUCUCUACACAGUAACACUCCAAUAUUUUUAUUGACUGUUUAUGACUUAUCAAUGAAUCUGAUAUGGCUUUGACGAUAUGUCCUAGUUGUAAAGUAGGAUUAAUAAAGAAUUAACCUAAACAAGCAUAGCAUACUCUGCCAAGCUGCACAAAAGCCAUGUACCCACGUGGAGUCAUGAGGCUGCAGAUCAGUGUAUGAGAGUCCUCUGUCUGUUUUUCAUUAUCACGACUGGAUCAGACGUACAGUAGUGGAUGGAUACGGGUGAUGAUGGUACGGCAGGCUACGCGUAAAGUGAUGAGAUGCGGAAAAUCCAAAUUAAGGAGAGGCCUGUUACUUUGUGAGGAUAGAGAAGGGGGAGGGGGUCCGUGAUGACAUUUAACCCAGCUGACGAAACUAAACGUUUGACGUAGGCUGGACCUUGACGAAUGGGAGACUGAUGCGCACGCGGCAGCCGGUUCGGGCUUUAUAAACGCAGGAGGCGCUGCGUGAACACAUCAAACUUGUCGGCUGUCCCAAGUUCAGGAGCCUCCUCCACCUCCUCAUCUCUUCCUCAUACCGAGUCAACAAAAAGCGCUCCGAUAUGAACGGCCUGUGCAGCGACCCCGUGGAGGACUUCAACUGCAACAAGAGCUUCAACGACCUCAUCAUGGAGUCCAAGAAGUCCGCCGUGCUCUGCAAGCACGAGACGUCCCGCAAAGAGGCCGAGGAUCAGUCCCGCUUGCCCACGCUGGAGGCUGCCUACACCAGCAUCCUGCGGGACCUCGGGGAAGACACGGACAGGCAGGGGCUGCUGCGCACCCCGCUGCGCGCCGCUAAGGCCAUGCAGUUCCUGACCAAAGGCUACCACGAGACCAUCGAGGGUGAGUCGAGGGGUGUCUCUGUGGGACCGACAUAUGAGGAACAAAGUGGGUGUCAGUCAUGAUUGUCAUAUGGUCUGUUUCAACCUGUGCGUAAAAACGAUAGACAUUUUGGUGAAGAAACUUGAACUAAUGCGUAAAAACUGCAAUUUUUUGUAUUUUCUAUGAAGAUGAAACCGCUUUUAAGUGAUUUAAGGGCCUAAAGUUGAAUAAAAAGUAGCAAAAAAGCAACAAAAUUUAAUAGUAACUUCCACAAAUGUCAGAAUUUAUGUUAGGUAAUAUUCUCAAGUGCUUUAAGAGUUACUUAGAUCCCAGAAUAGUUUGGAUUAAAGCCUUUAUAAGAAACAUCAGAUACCCUAGAAUGCACAUUAAAGCAAAUUAUUUGUACUGGAAAUAUAAGGAUAUUUAGGGGUCACCUUAAGUCUUCUAUAAUGGAUCUAAUUUCCUAAAAUGUGCAUAUUUUUGCCUUCUAGACAUCCUUAACAAUGCAAUAUUCGAUGAAGACCACGACGAGAUGGUGAUUGUGAAGGACAUCGACAUGUUUUCUCUGUGUGAGCAUCACCUGGUGCCGUUUUUUGGCAAGGUAAGCCUGUGUGUGUCAACCUAAAAGGAUAUCAUGGAGGUUUUUGGGUUCAUAGCGAAAUCAGAUUGUCCUUAUAAAAACAACUGCCCCCUGUGCUGUAGAUCUGUCUCAUCAUUUUGAGUCCAGAAUUGCGUUGCCAGUGUUUACCAGGGUUUCGCUCUGAUUGUCUGACCUCUGCUCUCUCUGGUUGUGACCUCUCUCCAGGUUCACAUCGGGUAUAUCCCCAACAAAAAAGUGGUGGGCCUGAGCAAGCUCGCAAGGUAAUAAAAGUACACUCACACACACUACAUGUUAGUGCCGGUGGGCUGUGUUCUCCUGUUGUCUAAGUACAUUGAGUUGGAGGCUUAAGUCUAAGCCUAGACCCCGUCUCAUCAAGCACACUCCAGACACAACUAUAAACCCUCUCCGCUGAGAAAAUCCUUUUAGACCUGUGAGGAUCCUCUGAUAUCACUGCAGCCUCGUCCCCUCUCCUCCCCUUAAAUAUCACACCACCUCCACCGAUGAGCAGAAACGGAGUCACUGAGUUUCUUUGGUUGAAUCUUGCCCUACAGAUUCAGAGAAUUGUGUAGGGUGAAUGAUUCACAGAUGAAGAGCCCAUACCACUGGACAGACUGAGUGAAGGCCAGGGUACAAGGCCUGAUGCCAGUCUCUAUUUAUCAAAAGAUUAAUCAUUGUUACUUCUGCGCGGUAAUCACGCCUCUACGUUUUGCUUGUGCUCUGAUCUCUACAGGAUUGUGGAGAUCUACAGUCGGAGGCUUCAAGGUAAGAUUUGUAUACAGCCGUGGUGCUUAACCGUUUAGUUGGGAAUAUGAGUGUAAUCCCAUCGGUUUAUGUCAUAUGUUUUUUAUUCUUUUAGUUCAAGAGCGUCUCACCAAGCAGAUCGCUUUAGGCAUAUCAGAGGCUCUUCAACCGAAGGGUGUCGCUGUGGUCAUUGAGGCAGCGUAAGUACACCAUCUUCAUAAACAAAGUCAGUAAUGUUACAGUUGCAAAAUCUCAGCAAUGCACAUGUAUUUGCGUCCACAGGCACAUGUGCAUGGUCAUGCGCGGCGUCCAGAAGAUGAACAGCAGAACUGUGACGAGCACCAUGUUGGGAAUUUACCUAGAGGACCCCAAAACUCGAGAGGAGUUCCUGACUCUGUCGCAGACCCUCUAACUGAUGUCGUACACCAUUCACUCCUGAGCCUCUGUCUACUCUAGCACACAGAAAGCUCUAGAGUAACAGCGGACCUGCAUCUGACUUUGAUUUAAGAAAACACCCAAACCAAUAGCAGGUCAUAACAAAGCUACUGUUUGAUGCAGAGUCAAAGUCAACUCCGAAGAUCACCUUUAAUACACUGAAGAUUUCAGUCCCGCUGCAGAACUCCAUCAUUUCAAAUCACUGUGAACAGAAAUAGGAAAUAUGACUCACACUCAUGGUGCCUUUAGUACUCUUUCAUAGCAAUAUUGUUGUUAUAAAGUGUUAAACUGAGUGCAAUAUUGCAGCUUGACAAUACUUUUUAUGGGAAUUUAACUGGUGCUUUCCUUGCUUUAUUAUUUGACACACGCAGUCCAGUGAUUUAAAUAAUUGAACAAACUACGUGUGCUUUAUAUAUACAUUUCUAAUGUCUUUGUAAAUUACUACAUUUGUAAGAUUUGAAUGAAAUUAUUCUGAUGUAUGUAUUACAAAGAGUUAAAUUAAUGAAUGAAGCACAUAAUAGACUGAUAGUUCCAUCAAUGAACAUUGUAUCAUGUAUGUUGAAUGUUAUACGCCUGAAUAAAAACACAGCAACAUUUUAAAGGUC